AUCGAUGUUGGGAGAGAUAUGAUCUCUUUCCAAUUUUUCGCAGUUCAACAAGUAUGCAUAAGUACGCUAGGUUGCUUGACAUCUGCUUUUUUGUUCAUGCAAUUGUCUGUCAUAAAAAUGUCUCUGUCAAGCAACUGAAUGUCAUUAUAUCCCAUUGAACGCCUUGUAGUGUGAACAUGUGAUGCUAAAGCACAUCUUUCUGGAUGCAGUCUGUAGUCACUUUUAUGCGAGGUUCGAAUCAACUUGCAGUAUCUGGAUGAAACUAUGUAUAGCUUAUUUGACAGAACUGUUGAAGAUGUGAAGAGGAAUGAAACUUUGAAGCGAGUUAUACUAACUCAAAAUAAUUAUAUUUUGGAUGCGCUGGCCCAUGAAAGAGAAUACUUUAAAAUCAGAUUUAUUCUGCCGGAAAUCUUCAUUGCGACGCUGUUGAUACUGCUGGCGGCCUCUUCCGCCUCUAUUACCUCUCUGCCCUCGGAAAGGUCUUCCUCUAUAUGGGGUAACUGCGCUUCUCAACACAUCCGCUUGCUGUGCGGGAUGUGCGUCGACAAAGCCUGCAUCGAAACCGGGAUUACGAUUUAUUCUGCCGGAAAUCUUCAUUGCGGCGCUGUUGAUACUGCUGGCGGCCUCUUCCGCCUCUAUUACCUCUCUGCCCUCGGAAAGGUCUUCCUCUAUAUGAGAUUUAUUCUGCCGGAAAUCUUCAUUGCGACGCUGUUGAUACUGCUGGCGGCCUCUUCCACGUCUAUUACCUCUCUGCCAUCGGAAAGGUCUUCCUCUAUAUGGGGUAACUGCGCUUCUCAACACAUCCGCUUGCUGUGCGGGAUGUGCGUCGACAAAGCCUGCAUCGAAACCGGGAUUACGAAUUAUAUUAUGAGAGCUUCUAAGUAUCUCAAUAGUAUCACCUUGGGAAGUAAGGGGGCCGGGGGAAGCAGUACUGUUGCUAGAAUUCACGACUCGGAUAUUGAUCCUAUUUAUGUACCCGAAGAAACAACAGAUUCUGAUUCAUCUAUUGUGCCAUUUAUACCUCAUGAAACCAAAAACCGAAUUCAGGUGCCUAAAAAGCGUAAGAUAACGCCCAAAGAAAGGAAAGGCAGAAAACGUGUAAAAAAUACAAAUGAGUGGAUUGAUGUUCGAGCUAAGAAGGAAUUAAACUUGGGCAUCGAACAUAAAAACCGGAAAGGUACAAUUAUUCCCGCCAAACAGAUAAAGAAUCCAUGUAAAGAAAACUGCAGAAAUAAAUGUCGUCAAAAAAUAAGUGAGGAAGAGAGAAAAGCAUUGUUCGAGGAGUUUUGGAAAAUAGGUGAUCAUUCUAGACAAUGGGAUUACAUAGUUAGGUAUGUCAAAACAGUGGAGAAGAAGCACGUAAAACGGACAGAUAGCAAAUCAAGACGAAAUCAUUCUAGAACAUACCAGCUUCUUGUCAACAACAAGGAAAUAACGGUUUGUAAAACUAUGUUCCUGAACAAGUAUGGAAUAUCAGAGCAGUGGGUGACGACUGCUCUAGGAAAAAUUGGAGAAACUGGCACUCUUGAAGAAGAUCGUCGAGGGAAGCACCUGACAAGACCAAAUAAAAUUGACGGAGGUGUCUUAAAUAGGAUAAGAGAGCACAUUCAACUCUUUCCUGUGGUGCCUUCCCACUAUACCAGGAAAAAAUCAACAAAGAUGUACUUAGAGGAUGGUAUCAACAUUUCAAUUAUGCAUCGCCUCUACUUAUAG